AAAAUUACAUAAGAUAUAUGAAUAUAUUGUAACAGUGCAAUGGACUUCUCAGCGGAAAACAAUCUGUAUGUAAACAGAGUAUGGGUUCAAUGUGAGAAUGAAAGUUGUUUGAAAUGGAGAUUGUUGUCAAGUGAGGAUGCAGUCAAAAUGGAUCACAAUGAACCAUGGUUCUGCUUCAUGAACACUGAUUCAAGAUAUAACGAGUGCUGUAUUUCUGAAGAAGACUUUCCUGAGGAGUCUCAGUUUCAUCAAAGUGGAUUUAAGAUUGUCUACUCACAGCUCCCUCUGGGAAGCCUGGUUUUGGUAAAAUUACAGAGUUGGCCAAGUUGGCCAGUAUUCUUUGCCCUGAUCCUUUUAAAGGGAAAUAUGUGACCUAUGACCUGGAUGGAAAUGUUGAACAGUAUCACAUAGAAUUCCUGGUGAUCCUCACUCAGAUAUGGAUAAAUGCAACAUUU